CUGGGAGCACAACAUGGCAUGACCCUACAUCAGCCGCCUCUGCUGCCUGGUGCCUCGGAACCGACUGGAUCGCUCAGACCUGACGAUGCUGCUGACCCUGCGCACUACUCGCACCUAGAGAACGAGGAGCUGUCCCUGGGCAUAGCCUGGUGUGGGGACCUGGCUCCCGCUGGUGCCCGGGACCACGGCCAGGAUGUGCCACUUACUCAGUACCAGCGUGGCAUGUGUGUGGUGCUUGCGGGGCCCAGAGAUGCACCCUAGGGGUGCAGGACGGGGAUGGGUGACUGCAGGGACAAACAUCCUGCACCCCCCCCAUGCCUGGCGACGGGGGAUUUACGUGCUUCCCAUUGUCAAUGUGGUUGCGGCUGCAGCAGAGACCACUUCAUAUGGACAGGAAUUCCAGGCCUGCACUGGAGUGUAGCUCUUGAGAUCCACCAAGGUGAAACCAGCCACUGUAAUCACAACCCACACCUCUGGAUGGGACAGCAGUCCUGGGGCCAGCUUCCAGGUCCCAGAGGUAAGGAAGAAGUUCACACCUAACCACUCAGCCAUCUUUCAGGCUUCAGCUCCUCGGAUUCUCAGUGUGUGCCUGCCCAUGCCUUGGAGGGUGACAGCAACCAUGGCUUUGGAGAGGAGAGCAUGGAGAGUGCAGUCACACCCACUGCCACCAGGCCAGGGGCUUUCUUCAGCCACCAGGGACUGGGGUGGUUUCCUGGCACUGUCUUUGUGCUGUCAGAAGAGAGGGA